AUGACAAGAACGUUGCCAUUUGCAGUUGCCAUCAAGAUUUUAUAUGAGAUGCUAAUACUUCAUUUAAUAUUUCUUCUGUCAUUUUUGAUGUUGACGAAAUCAGAAGAUGAUUCUAGUGGCUCCAAAACUGAUGAAACAACAGCGAAAAAGGGUAUUUCACAGGUCAAAGAAGAUGCAUUAUCAUGGGGAGCCAAAAAAAUGAGAACAGCAAGAUACGAAGUGUCUGAAGCUAAUGCUAAGAAUGUACAACUUCAUCCGACUGGUAAUCCGCACGAACAAAGCAAGCGGUGUGACAUUUGUCGACCACAUUGCCCUCAUUGGAAAUCGCUGAGUCGGUCAAAACGCAAUACAGAAGGAGUGAGAUGGCAUAAGAAGAAUCAAACGAAAGAACAAAAGAUUGCAUACGAUGCUCGACAAAGGGUCAUAAAGAAAGAAUGGUAUGCAAAUCUAACAAAAGUGCAGAAGGAAGAAAUUAGGAACAGAGGCGUUCGACUUGUGAUUGGGACUUCUGCUCCAAAAGAUCAAAGCAUCGAUUACUCACUUGCUACUCAAAGUGAUUCUCGUUCGCUUCCUUCUUUGCCGCAAGAUGUGGAAGGCCCCAUAAGCCUUCCCGUUGGCUGGCCGCAAAAGAAACAAAGAAGCAAAAGAUUUGAAAUAUCUGAAUCAACAUCGCCAUCUUCGUCAAGUCACGAAUCCGAUGGAGGAAGCUGGAAUAUGACAAAAGAGCUAGCUAAGCAUAAGCCAAAAGUAGAUUCAAAGAAGCAAGGCAAAAGUUGCUCCAUACAUCGCCCCGGUUGUGAUCAUUGGGACGAUUUAGACAGAACAGAAAAGAACAAAAAUGCCAAAAGAUGGCAAUUCUUUAAUAUGAGUAAGGCAGAGAAGGAAAAUUUCAGAACUCGCCGGAGAGAAAAAUAUGCAAUGGCAGGUGACGAAGCUAAAGCUGCAAGGAUCGAAAGGCAGAGAAGUCAACGGAGCAAGAAAUUCUUAAGCAUGACAAAGCAAGAACAUGAGGCUUUUCGUAUUACCAGAAACGAGUAUAGACGUCAACUUAGACUUCGAAAGCAUUUGCUUUACGCCAGAAUUGGUGGUCCAGUCCGCAAAAUGAAACCUAGACUCAAGCGCGGCUGA